ACACAUCUGCAGCGCAAGAAUUCAUUGCACACAUCCCUGAAGGGCAGGAGCCAAAACAUUUCCAAUGUGCCAAGUUACCGGAUUGUUAUUAAGCUGUCAGAGUUACAGGGAAGGUGCAGGGAAAGGCAACCUCCUUCCCCAGGCCAGGUGGCUUAGCAUAGACUUAGGCUGCUUCCCAAAGUAAUGAGGCAAGCGGGAGUCAGAGGUUCCUUCCAGCAACAGCUCGGUCCCCCUGGAUGCCUCCCCGUAAGCUGCACAAAUAUUCUGCGGAGGGAGAGGGAAAAGAGUGAAACCUAUUCAGUUACAUCAAGCUCACGACUGGCCUAGUAAAAUCAUUUAUGGAGUGAGGGAACCCGGAGCGCUUUGGGCUGGAGCCAUCUGCUGUUAUUUGGUACACAGAAUCGGUUUCUAUGGAUUUUAUUAAUAGGUCACGCGAUUGUGUGCGAGGAUGUGAGAUGUGAAUCUCUCCAGAGGGGUCCCUGCCUGGGGCUCCUAUUGCCUUCACAGGCAGCAGCUCCAGCUUUCUGGCAGCCCUGAAAGCCUCAAGGGGAAUGGCUCUGCUGCUAGGAUUCUGCCUGCAUUUCUGCUUGCAUGUCUCUCUCGCCACCAAAAUUUCAAGCUGACUUUCUUCCUGUUCUUCUCUGCAGCACGUUUUCUCAAUGUGGAAAUAGGGAAAUAAUCAGAGAAGUGCUCCUGCUUCCUUUCUCCGCUGUCUGCAAAAUUCUCUUUCUUUCUACCCAGUGGGAUUCCUAGUGCAGACCUCAGGCCCCACUUGCACUGGCUUUGGAGUCCACGUUGUGUGCUGGCCCUUACGGUGUGAAUUUUGUUUUUCAGCCACUUUGGCCUCCCCUCAGAUGGAUCCAAAGGGAUGUGCUGCACCAAGGAUGCUCAAGGCAGGCACUUGUGGGUCACCGCAUCCCAGAAGCUGCUCCACCUCCCACAGGGGCUACCAAGGAAGCUCUGAGCUGCUCUGUGACAACAGGGUGGAUGCUUGAAAGUGGAGGAUAAGGUACAAGUGCCUGGGACCGGUGGAAUGGAGGCCUGAUGUAGAUGGAAAGAUGGAUGAAGAAGAAGCUCUGAACUCUAUUAUGAAGGAUUUGGCAGCAUUGGGCAAAUGUGGGGGAUUGCUGGACAACAACAGGAAUAAAAACUGUGUCUACUCCAGCAAACAGCAGCGAAAUGUCAGGAUCAAGUUUGAAUAUGAAGGAGAGAAAAGGAUCAUCCAGUUUCCAAGACCAGUCAAAUUCAAAGAAGUGGUGCAGAAAGUCACGGAUGCUUUUGGACAGACGAUGGACUUAGUCUGCAUGAGCAAUGAGCUCCUGAUCCCACUGAAAUCCCAGGAAGACUUGGACAAAGCGAUGGAACAGUUGGAGCUGAGCCCUUCCCUGAAGAGCCUGCGGAUCCUUGUGAGCGCUCCAAAGAAAGCGAAUCUCCUCCAGCCAAACAACAGCAAGCAGCAUGAAAUGAGGAUCUCCAGAUCCAUGGGAGAUAUCAUGGGAUCCCUGUACAAGGACUCUGAGAGGACACGAAAGUAUUCUACAGGCUCUCUGCACACUGGCCGGAGCUCUCCACCCCCAGGGAGUGUUCCUGAGGAGCAGCAGCAGAUUGCUCGCCAGGGCUCCUACACCAGCAUCAACAGCGAGGGCGAGUUCAUCCCCGAGACCAUGGAUCAAAAUAUGCUUGAAGCUUUCAUCAGCCCCGAUGGGUCGAUGUCUGGGAGCUGCCAGUCUCUAGACAGGUCUGUGGACAGCCCUCCCUUUACACAAACCCCUGUUCCUGGAAGGAAGAGUCAUCCCAAAGACGGUCUUGAUUGCAUGGAUUUUGACAUCCCAAUCUGUGAGAGGUUUGGGAAGGGGGGGACCUUCCCGAGGCAGUACCACCUCUCCCAAAGUCGCAAGGACUACAGCGAUGGCCGGAGGACUUUCCCCAGGAGUUACUUCCCGCAGGAAAACCUUUUCCAGCUUGUCCCUUCCAGCCGGACCAAGAGCUUUACUGGGGACAGCAAGCUCAGCACUUUGCAGUACGAUGAGUACAGGCCUAAAUGGUGGAACAAUUGUGAAAAGGGUCUGCAGGUCUUUAGCACCUCCCCUACCAAAGCUCGGAACUCCCUGCAGGCACCUGUGAACUGGAGGCUGGGGAAACUGCUUGGAAGAGGAGCUUUUGGGGAAGUUUAUCUCUGCUAUGAUGCUGACACUGGUCGUGAGCUGUCGGUGAAGCAAGUGCCAUUUGAUCCUGACAGUCAGGAGACAAGUAAGGAGGUGAAUGCCUUGGAGUGUGAGAUUCAGCUGCUGAAGACGCUCCGUCAUGACAGGAUAGUGCAGUACUACGGGUGUCUGCGGGAUCCAGAGGAGAGGAAGCUAUCAAUCUUUGUUGAAUACAUGCCAGGGGGCUCCAUAAAGGACCAGCUCAAAGCAUACGGUGCUCUGACUGAGAACGUCACUCGGAAGUACACCAGGCAGAUCCUGCAGGGAGUCUUCUACUUACACAGCAAUAUGAUUGUCCACCGGGACAUUAAAGGUGCCAAUAUUUUGAGAGAUUCUGCUGGAAAUGUGAAACUUGGAGAUUUUGGGGCCAGCAAACGCAUCCAGACCAUCUGCAUGUCUGGGACUGGAAUUAAAUCUGUCACAGGAACACCAUACUGGAUGAGCCCAGAGGUUAUCAGUGGAGAAGGAUAUGGAAGGAAAGCUGAUGUGUGGAGCGUGGCCUGCACCGUGGUGGAGAUGCUAACAGAGAAGCCUCCGUGGGCAGAGUUCGAAGCCAUGGCAGCUAUUUUUAAGAUCGCCACCCAGCCGACCAACCCCCAGCUCCCCGAUGGCGUCUCCAGCUCCUGCCGCAACUUCCUCAAGCAGAUCUUUGUGGAGGAAAAGCGAAGGCCAACGGCUGAGGACCUGCUGAGGCACCCCUUCGUCAACUGCGGGCUCUGAGCCCUGGCUGGAAAGUACUGAUGGGAGGGGGGAUGGCCGCCAGAUCCACGGCCCUUUUGCACUCUGCAUUCAGACCUCAGCACUGGGCCAUCCUGGUGGUGGCCCCACAGGUCACUUCUUGCUCGUCACCACCUUGGUGGCUGCUGCCUUGUUGAAUUUUGAAGCCACGCACGGGACAGUCAGAGGCUGGGGACGGUGGCCACCACUGGGAGUGCAGAACAAGAAACUUCCUGGACAUCCCAUUUGUGUCAGCCUCAGAGAGAGCAACUUCCUGCCAUCAGCAGUGCUGCGGGGCAUCCCCGCUCACCGUGUCACUUAUCUCUUGGGAAAAGUGCAUUGGAUUCAUCUGUCCCCCUACCAGCAACCGCAGGACCAGCGCAGAAAGCAGAUGUGCAUCACUGCUCCCCACAGAGAAACACACCAGGCUUCUGCCAGGCUAGAGGAGAUGAUCCUCAGACUGCAGAGUUGGGGGACCCAGGUGUCACAAGGGGGAGGGAACCCGUCUGGAAGCAGCAGCAUCUCCAGCGGUGCGGCGUUCAAUACUGAUCUGUGCCUUAAGCGGUUACAAUCAAGGAGUGAUUUGUGCUCGACUCGGCACAAAGUAUGGAGUCGGGCACAAUUAGCAGCAGCCAUGUUGACAAUGUGCGUGUGUGUGUGUGUGUGUGUGUGUAUGUUUGUGUGUGUGUGUGUGUGUGGAGCUGCAGGAGGGACCCCUAAAAUUAGACAGAGAGGAGCUGCUGGGUGCCCAUCACUCCAAGUGGCAUCAGCCCUGCAGGAGAAAGUUUAAACCACAGUUGGGUUCCGGUCUCUUUGACCAACACUAGUCUGCCGGAAAACCUUCGGGGGGUAAACACAGGGUCCCUGGAAGCCAAUGAGUGUCUCAAGUUCUUGAUAGGACAAGGGGGAAUGGUUUUAAACUAAAGAGGGGAGAUUUAGAUUAGAUAUUAUGGGGGAAUUCUGCAUGAUGAGGGCGGUGAGGCCCUGGCACAGCUACCUGGAGAGCUGUGGGUGCCCCAUCCCUGAUGAUGCUCAAGGCGUGGUUGGAUGGGGCCCUGGGCCGCCUGAUGUGCUGGGGAGGCUCAUGGCUGGGGACUGGAUGGGCUUUAAUGUCCCUUCCAAUCCUUCUAUGAUUGCAUGAUGCCACAACUCUACAAAAUCUGCCCCCUUUGGAAGGCCUGGUCCCCUGGCUCAUGUAUGUAUGUAUGUGUGUGUGUGUCUGUGUAUGUACACAUGUACAUGUAUACAUGCACGUGAGUGUGACUCGCUCCUCAGGUGCCUUUGCCUUUUAAUUUUUUAAAACCCUCGCAGUGUUCUGAUGUACAAACUAGGAAAAGAGAAUGUAAUAUUAUGCCAUGUAAAUUUCUUUUAUAUAUAUAUAUUUUAUUUCGGCCAUAGCGUGUGAGAGCUCUCCGCGCUGUCUCACCGUGUAGCGUAGAGAAACGUUUUCCUUUCGUCGGGAAAAGGCUCCAGUGUGAUAUUGUAUAUCAUCUUUACCGUGUAGCCUAUACAUCUGUAUAAUUCCUUCUUAUUGGGCCAGUUAUCAGUAGGCAACCACUGUACAUAGGGAGAGCUGUGCCAGGGCAUGACGGGGCCUGCAGAGCCCGGAGUGAUCGCCCUGAGCAUCCAGGGCUGGCGGCUGUACCCCAAUAAUGAACCCGUGCGGCUCG